AUGGCUUACGAUCUAUACCCAGUCAGCAGCUCCUUGAGUCGCCCUGUCAUUGCUGGUCGAAUCACCAACUAUGCGAACAAGGUCGGUGCUGGACUAUUACUAGAUACGGCCAACCUUUCUCAAAAUAGCCUGCCUAGACUGAGCCAGUCUAUCCAGCGAAAUGGAUUUCAAGGUCCUUUCGGAAGUCCUUACGUCAAAUCGACGAUUUCGCGAAACAGCAAGGCACGGGAACUCUCCAAUGCAGGUUUCCCCAACAUGGCACAUCGCAAAGUCAGCGGUGAUGAGAACUUUUGGUGUCGUGAGUUUGAGAACGGCUCAGCGGAUGACCCAGAAGGCUUUUCAGUGCCUGGGGAUAUCUGGAAGUGGACACGAGAUGGCAAAGCUCAUAGUCCUGAAAGGAUCAUACUUGAGUUUGAAGAUGGUCUUCCUGUCGCAGUUAACGGCAUAAGAAAACCCAUGGUUGUUGACAUGAUCUCCCUUCUGAGCCCCAUGGUUGGCAAGUUUGGUCACGGUCGAUCUGUAGGUCUCGAAGCUAUUGCUUCAGGCGAGAAAGUCUUGGAGCUGAGAGAAGCUCCUGCCACCACAAUCAUCAUGAAUGCACGUCGUCACCUUGAGACAGCUACUUUGUCAACUGAGACAUUGAGACACAAACGCAGUCUUGGGCAGCAGUGGGUGGACGAAGUUAUCGCUGGUCGUUGGCAGAGCAAGAUUCAUCAAAUUUGCGAGGCUGCUAUUACAGCGGUAUCGGUAGGUGUAAGUGGUAACGUCACAUACGAGAUCAGUCAUAGACGAUUUCUCCCUUACUCUUUCACGGUGGUACAGCCGUUGUAUAUCCGGGAUCGCGAUGCUUGGGAGCAUGACGCUGCGCUUGAGAGUUGUGCGAAGACUACAGAUAUCGUUCGCUUUCUUAGGAAUAUUGCUAACGACAGCACAGAAGUAGGGUAG